AUGAAAAUUUAGAAUUCACUUGCCCUAAUCUUUUUCUGCGGUUUAGGAUGCAUCCAAACUGCAACAGUUUUUAGCUUUGGAAAUUAAGACACUAUCUAUGACAAUGAUAAUUACUUAGUAGCUAAGUAUUAAUACGAGCUAGAUCUUGAAUAUCACACUGAAUACUAUUCAGGACUUUAUACUGGUCCAGAUGCACCUUAUUCCGGGUACCAAUAUCAGCUUUACCAGAUUUUCCUUUAAUCAACAGCUCGUGGAAUCUUAGAUCUAAAGAUUCUUAACUGGUACUCCUAUAAGAUUGAUUUGAAGUUCAAGCCAUUUAAGAUUUCCCCAUUUGGUUAAUGGAUUAUCUAUAUGAGACCAGAGACUGGCAUGCCAUUCGAUAUAAAUCUCUAUGCAAGCACAUGGGUUGAAAUUGGAAAUUUAACAACUCAUAUUACAGAGAAUACAAGAACAUGUUACACCUCAGUAUACGAUUAUAUUGAUGACUCAACAACAAAUUCUCCAUACCCUGAUAGCAUUACAGAUGACUGUCCUUUUAAUGAGUUAUAUCAAACUAACUAUUUUGAUCCAUAUUGGACAUUUGAUCUUGGAUCUAUUAUUUUCCCUGAUUCUUUUAAAAAGGCAUUUUAUGGGGAAAAGAGAAUUUACAGCUGGUGGAUAUUAGGAAAUUAUGAUUGGUGA